AUGUUCACUGACGUUCCAUUCACCCCAUCCGCCUACUUGACCUCUACUACUGUUCAACCACAGCCAAACGCGCAUGGAAAGAUAGUCAAACUCUCAGCAAUCGACCAAAUCGCUCCGAGGGACUACAUCUCAUCAUGUCUGUAUUUCCGUGUGUCACAGAAUGCGGACAAGAGAUAUAUCUUUCAUCUGUUUGAACGGGCCUUAGUCAACACGAUCAUUGGCAUCCCAGAACUUGCAUGUUCCGUGCGACGGCCCACCGAUAACGAUCGGGAGGAGGUUGAGCUUCUAUUCGAUAGCAACCAAGGCGCCAGACUCAACUACAAGGAUUACACGGCACCCGAACUUCGGGCUUUAUGGAAGUUCGGUACGUUCCACCAACUUGAAAGGGCUUAUUUUCCGCUUGAUAUACCGAGACACAUUAUCUUCGGCACAUCGGCAAAGCUAGUUCCGGGAGCCAGUAUUCCGGCGCUGCAUGUGGCGGGCGAUGGCGUCUGCAACUUUAUCUUGCACAAGACAUUAGGCAUGCACCUGGCUUCCAUUACCAAAGGACUCGGCCUCCGAACCAUGCCAAUCACGCCUCUUGAUCGAAGCUCGGUCGUUGAGGGUGAACAAGGCGUGACUCUAGAAGAAUUUCCUGAUUGGAAGCUCACAGAGACCUCUUGCACUUUCUUGAACCCAACAAACUACGAAGCUACCGAGGUACAGUCGGUUGAACAUGGCAUAUUCUUCAUCUCUGCCGAGAACCUCUCGCUGCUCAAGAAUCAUGUCCUGAAAGGUGCUGCCAAUACUAAGCUGAGCACGACCGAAGCUAUCUGUGCUUUCCUCUGGCGCCACGUUGUCAUGGCCAGGCAGAUAGAUCAUCAUCGAUACCCAGAGGCAAAGCUAUCAAUCACUGUUGACGCUAGAGAACGAAUGGAAAGUUCGCCACUCCCGUCCAACUAUUGGGGGAAUUUUGCGGAGCCGAACGCGGUCGCCAGAGUGUCUGUUGCUUCUCUACACAAUGGAGAAGACGGACAAAAGAUUUAUGGUAAGCUGGCGAGUAGUAUCCAGCGAGCCAUUGCUGCUGUCAACGACAAGGCAGUAAGGCGUCUCGUUGGGCUGCUCAAUCAAAUGCCCAAAACUACUUCCUUGACCUGGAAUGUCGACCGAUACCCGGGACCGGACAUGCUCAUAGUCUGUCUUCAAGCGCAUAGAUACAACGACAUUUAUUUCGGGCGUCAUCUUGGGUAUCCUUCUGCAUUCCGCGUUACUGUUGGGGAUACUGAGGGUAAACCUGACGGCCGUUGCAUUAUUCUGCCACCUCCUCAUAAUGAGAGUCGGGGUCUGGAGCUGAUUCUGCAAUACGAUAGUGGUACUUUGGAAAGGCUUGAGAGUAACGCCGAGUUUAGCAAGUUCUUUAUACGCCGUAACUGA